AGGUUCCUCUCUUAACAUUGUUAGCAGAGCUUGUAGCUCUGCUGCUUGUGCAAAGCGAAGCAGGCAGCUCUUUUUAUUUUUCACAGGGGUUGCAGCAUAUCUAAUUAAGGAUUUUCCAUCCUUUUGAUAAAAACUGGACCACACUGAAUAUCCUGUGGCACGAGGUCAGCAACGGAGCUUUUAUCUCAUGAGAGACACAUAAACAGGAGUUCAGCUGUCUGUGAUCCAAGACACAACCAUGUAACCCUCUCUGACUUGUGAUGAAAUUGCUAAAUUCUGAGCAAGAACUGUGAAAAAGUUGAUAGAGUGGACUUCUGCAAGUUAAGAGAGGUAAAAUUGCAGACAGAGAGGACUAGACACAAACCAAGAACAACCUUCACAGGAGCUAUCUUAAACAAAUUUAAAAUGCAUUCUGAAGAUGAAAAGAAGCAGAAGCGUACUGCAGAUGGAAAUAGUCAUGAGAUCACUGCAUCCAGCCAGGGUCAUGAAUCUGAAGACAAACACAAGGGAAAGAAGAAGAAGAAAGUGGAAAAGGCUAAGAUGGUCAGCCCAUUUACACUGUUUCGAUACUCCAAUUGGUCAGAUAAAUUACUAAUGAUACUAGGCACUCUCCUGGCAAUAGCCCAUGGAAGCAGUCUCCCUGUUGCGAUGCUAAUUUUUGGUGAUAUGACUGAUAGCUUUGUUGCUUCUGGAGACUCAAAUUUUCCAGGAAACAUUCCUGCAGUGAAUUUCUCUUCAGAUGUUCUUGGCAAGCUGGAAAAAGAUAUGACAAGAUAUGCAUACUACUAUUCUGCAAUAGCAGCUGGUGUUCUUCUUGCUGCUUAUAUCCAAACUUCAUUUUGGACCCUGGCAGCAGGCCGGCAAAUAAAAAAAAUUAGAGAAAAAUUUUUUCAUGCAAUUAUGAGACAGGAAAUUGGAUGGUUUGAUGUAAAUGAUGUCGGAGAACUUAACACUCGUCUUCUAGAUGAUGUCUCCAAAAUCAGUGAAGGAAUAGGUGACAAAAUUGGAUUGCUUGUUCAAGCAGUAACAACAUUUGUAACAGGAUUUAUUGUUGGUCUCAUAAGAGGAUGGAAAUUAACACUUGUAAUACUAGCAGUCAGUCCUGUCCUGGGACUUUCAGCAGCCAUCUGGGCAAAGGUUCUCUCUGCUUUCACUGACAAAGAACAAGCUGCAUAUGCAAAAGCAGGUGCUGUUGCAGAGGAAGUUCUGGCAGCAGUCCGUACUGUAAUAGCUUUUGGAGGACAGGAAAAAGAAAUUAAAAGAUACCAUAAAAAUUUAGAAGAUGCUAAACGGAUUGGAAUAAAAAAGGCUAUUACAGCUAAUAUUUCUAUGGGUGCUGCUUUCUUACUGAUAUAUGCAUCAUAUGCACUGGCCUUCUGGUAUGGAACUACCUUGGUCUUAGCUGAUGAUUACACUAUUGGCAAUGUUCUUACAGUCUUUUUCUCUGUAUUGAUUGGAGCUUUCAGCAUCGGACAGACUGCUCCAAGCAUAGAGGCAUUUGCUAGUGCAAGAGGAGCUGCCUAUACGAUCUUUAAUAUCAUAGACAAUGAACCUCUAAUUGACAGUUAUUCAGAAACAGGUUACAAACCAGACCACAUUAAGGGGAACUUGGAAUUCCAAAAUGUUUACUUCAAUUAUCCAUCCAGACCAGAUGUUGAGAUACUGAAGGGCUUGAACCUCAAGGUUAGCUGUGGCCAGACAGUGGCCCUGGUUGGUGGCAGUGGCUGUGGGAAAAGUACAACCGUUCAGCUCAUCCAGAGAUUUUAUGAUCCCAAGGAAGGCACGGUUACCAUUGACGGGCAGGAUAUUAAGACCUUAAAUGUAAGAUAUCUGCGGGAGAUUAUUGGUGUGGUGAAUCAGGAGCCCGUGCUAUUCGCUACUAGCAUUGCAGAAAACAUUCGUUAUGGCCAUGAGGACGUCACCAUGGAAGAGAUUGAAAAAGCUACCAAGGAAGCAAAUGCUUAUGACUUCAUCAUGAAGCUACCCAAUAAGUUUGAAACCGUGGUUGGAGAAAGAGGGGCACAGCUGAGUGGAGGUCAGAAGCAAAGAAUAGCAAUCGCCCGAGCACUGGUUCGCAAUCCUAAAAUUCUUCUGCUUGAUGAGGCAACGUCAGCUUUGGAUACUGAGAGUGAAUCAGUUGUGCAGGCAGCACUGGACAAGGCAAGGGAAGGACGCACAACAGUUGUAGUAGCUCAUCGACUGUCAACAGUCCGAAAUGCAGAUCUUAUAGCUGUGUUCAAAGGUGGAGUUAUCACAGAACAAGGGAAUCAUUUUAAAUUGCUUGAGAGAAAAGGACUAUACUACAAACUUGUUAACAUGCAGGCAAUAGAAGCUGAAGUUCCAUCAUCAGAAGAUGAGAAUGCACUCAGUAUCAAAAAAAGUGAAUCUGAACAAGAAUUUGAAGAAUCCUUAACAAAAGGAUUGAGAAGACAAUCAACUCGGAGAAGCAUGAAAAAGCCAGGAGCACAAAAUGAUGAUCCUGAUGAGAAAACAAGUUCACCUGAUGAAGAAUUACCUCCAGCUUCAUUUCUGAAAAUUAUGAAGUUGAACAAAACUGAAUGGCCAUACUUUGUAGCUGGAACUGUAUGUGCAAUUAUCAAUGGAGCUUUACAACCUGCAUUUGCAAUCAUAUUUUCAGAAAUUAUAGGGAUUUUUUCAGAAACUGACAAGACCAUUUUAAGAGAAAAGAGCAACUUAUAUUCAGUGCUGUUUUUAGUACUUGGGAUCAUUUCCUUUUUUACUUUCUUUUUUCAGGGUUUCACAUUUGGCAAAGCUGGAGAAAUUCUUACAAUGAGGCUUCGAUUCAUGGCAUUUAAAGCAAUGCUUAGACAGGACAUGUGCUGGUUUGAUAAUUCUAAAAAUAGCACUGGAGCAUUAACUACAAGACUUGCUAAUGAUGCCUCACAAGUGAAAGGAGCUACUGGUGUCAGACUGGCAUUAAUUGCCCAAAACAUAGCUAACCUGGGGACUGGAAUUAUUAUAUCAUUAAUUUAUGGCUGGCAGCUGACCCUGCUACUUUUAGCUGUUGUACCAAUCAUUGCAGUGGCAGGAAUGAUUGAAAUGAAGAUGUUGGCUGGGCAUGCUAAAAAAGAUAAAGAAGAACUGGAAGCUGCAGGAAAGAUUGCCACAGAAGCCAUAGAAAAUAUUAGAACUGUUGUUAGUUUGACCCGAGAAAGAAAAUUUGAGUUGAUGUACAGAGAACAUUUGCAUGUACCAUACAGAAAUUCUGUGAAGAAGGCACAUAUAUUUGGAUUUUGUUUUGCCCUUUCACAAGCAAUGAUGUUCUUUACCUAUGCUGGCUGUUUCCGGUUUGGUGCCUAUCUAGUGGUAAAUGGACACAUGCAAUAUAAAAGUGUGUUUUUAGUGUUUUCAGCUGUUGUAUUUGGUGCAAUGGCAUUAGGACAAAGCAGCUCUUUUGCUCCAGACUAUGCCAAAGCCAAGACAUCAGCAGCCCACUUGUUUCUGCUGUUUGAAAGAGUACCCUCAAUAGAUAGUUACAGCGAGGAAGGAGAGAAGCCCGAAACAUUUGGGGGAAGCAUAAUGAUCAAAGAUGUGGCAUUUAACUACCCAAAUCGACCAGAGGUCAAGAUCCUCCAAGGUUUGAAUCUGAAAGUAGAAAAGGGACAAACUCUGGCUCUUGUUGGUAGCAGCGGCUGUGGAAAGAGCACUGUUGUUCAGCUGCUUGAGAGAUUUUAUGAUCCACUUGAUGGAGAAAUGCUUUUUGAUGGCAAAAAUGCAAAGACACUAAAUAUCCAGUGGCUAAGAGCUCAGAUUGGUAUCGUCUCACAAGAGCCAAUGCUGUUUGACUGCACUAUUGCUGAAAACAUUGCAUAUGGAGAUAACAGUCGACAGGUGCCACAUGAGGAAAUUGUUAAUGCAGCAAAAGAAGCCAAUAUUCAUUCCUUUAUUGACUCUCUACCAGAUAAAUACAAUACCCGCGUAGGAGACAAGGGAACUCAGCUUUCUGGUGGUCAGAAACAACGUAUUGCUAUUGCCCGAGCUCUUGUACGUCAGCCCCAAAUUCUGCUACUGGAUGAAGCUACGUCUGCCUUAGAUACAGAAAGCGAAAAGAUUGUUCAGGAAGCACUGGAUAAAGCCAGAGAAGGUCGCACCUGCAUCGUGAUAGCUCACCGCCUGUCCACCAUCCAAAAUGCUGACAAGAUUGCUGUGGUCCAGAAUGGCAAGGUCGUAGAGCAAGGGACCCAUCAGCAGCUCCUGGCUGAAAAAGGCAUCUACUAUUCUCUGGUCAAUGUUCAAAGUGGGUCAUGCAACAUGUAAAUUAAAGGCAGUACUUAUCUCCGAA